AUGGAUCAAACUCCUUAUUUCAGACUACUUCUUAUUGCUCUCUGUUCAUUAUCUGAAUGCAUUCAGCGCCGCUAUCACCACAUAAACAUGAAGAUGAACUGGACUGAAGCUCAGAAAUACUGCAGAGAAAACUACAGAGAUCUGGCCACAGUCAACAACAUCAAUGACAUGAAUCAACUGAUGAAGAGUGUGGAUUACAGUCUGAUUUAUGGUGUCUGGAUUGGACUGAAGAAUACAGGUGUUUAUAAAUGGAAGUGGUCUCUGGGUGAUCCUGUAAAAUAUACAAACUGGGAAAUUCAAGACUUAAAAGGUGAUGGUAAUUGUGUUUAUAUAAUAAAUGGAUUAUGGCGUCAUAAGUACUGUGGUCAGAUGUCAAACUUCAUCUGCUACAAUGAUGAUCUGAUAUUGAUCCAGAUGAAUCUGAGCUGGUCUGAAGCUCUGAGAUACUGCAGAGAGAAUCAUGUGGAUCUAGUUUCAGUUGAUUCAGAGAAGAUUCAGUUCAUGGUGACUAAAGUGAUUCAUCAGUCCUCUACUGACGCUGUGUGGAUGGGGUUACACUAUUACUGUCAAAUGAACCUCUGGAUCUGGAUACGAGGAGAGGCCGUGUGCUAUCAGAAUUGGGCUCCAGGGAACGAAACAAAACUGAUGAACUGUAACACUGAACACAGAGCUGGAGCAGUUCAGUCUGGAGGAGAUCAUCUCUGGAUCAGCCUUCCUCAAUCUCAAAAACUCAACUUCAUCUGCAGCAGAAAAUAAUCAAAUCAUUUAUGUCUAUCACUUCUUCUUGUUUGUUUAGUAAAGGUAAAUGGGUCUGAUGAAUAACUUGUGUGCUCAUAACGUCACACACUAUGUGAAGUCUUUUAUUAAAUGUUUGAUACUUUAGGAGCUUUGGUCUGCUGACUUUACAUCUUUAUCUUUUCUUUAGUAAUAGACAGAGUUA